GUCACACUGGUUGGAGUAUCUCCGCUUCCCCGCUUCAUCCAAACCUCUGGGUCCUUCCAAAAAAGCACCUCACACACUAGGCGCAGUGUCACCAAACACCCGUGUGGAUUUCAGCGAUGCGUUUUGUUCCCUUUACGCUCCGUUCUGGUGCGUCUUGUUCUGGUGAGAACGCAAUGUCCUGGAUGUAUUUUCUCCGAAGAUUGUGAAGUGGAGGGAAGCGCAGCUCGCUUAAACCAUGUGGAGAGCCGCCACGUCCCUUGUUGGGAGCAACGGAGGCAGAAAGCGACACUGAUAGGAAAGCAUUAUUUUUGCGCUUCCUUGGAUCCUUCGAUGAGGAAACAAAGAGAGACGAGAUGGUAGAGAAUGGCCGCACCUGACCUUCUUGACCCGAAGUCUGCCUCCCACAACUCCAAACCUCGCCUGUCGUUCUCGGCCAAACCUGUGGUGCUGAACACCCCAGAUGAUGAUGAUGAGUGCGACACCCGGACCAUGGUCAUGAGGUGGAAAACUGUGUCGGCCAUCUUCUUCUUGGUGGUGCUUUACCUCAUUAUUGGGGCGACGGUGUUCAGAGCGCUGGAGCAGCCUCAUGAGAGUUCUCAAAAGCUGGCCAUUCUUGCAGAAAAACUGGACUUCUUGGCCAUGCACGCCUGCGUAAACUCUUCUGAGCUGGAGGAUUUGGUCAAGCAAGUGGUUUCAGCAGUCCGAGCAGGUGUGAACCCUUCUGGAAAUUCAUCCAAUCAGAUGAGCCUCUGGGACAUUAGUUCCUCGUUUUUCUUUGCUGGGACUGUUAUCACCACUAUCGGAUUUGGGAACAUCUCUCCUCACACAGAAGGUGGGCGGAUCUUCUGUAUCAUUUAUGCUCUGCUGGGAAUUCCCUUAUUUGGAUUCUUAUUGGCUGGAGUCGGGGACCAGUUGGGGACCAUUUUUGGGAAGGGCAUCGCAAAAGUAGAGAAAAUGAUUGUGAAGUGGAAAGUCAGCCAGACGAAAAUCCGCGUCUUCUCCACGCUGCUCUUCAUCCUGUUCGGGUGCCUCAUCUUCGUGGCCCUGCCAGCCAUCAUCUUUAAGCACAUAGAGGGCUGGAGCACGCUCGAGUCCAUCUACUUCGUCGUCAUCACCCUCACUACAAUUGGCUUCGGAGACUUUGUUGCUGGUGAAAAAGGUGGGUCUGUAGGUGCUUCGGAGACUCCAGAGUAUCUGGACUACUACAAGCCGGUGGUGUUGUUUUGGAUUCUGGUGGGCCUGGCGUACUUUGCAGCUGUGCUCAGUAUGAUUGGGGACUGGUUCCGGGUCAUCUCCAAGAAAACUAAAGAGGAGGUCGGAGAGUUUCGGGCUCAUGCAGCCGAGUGGACAGCAAACGUGUCAGCAGAAUUCAAAGAGACCCGCAGGCGGCUCAGCGUUGACAUCUAUGACAAGUUCCAGCGUGCUGCAUCCAUCAAACGCAAGCUGUCAUCUGAGCUAGGUAUUAACGCGUCCAUCAACCAGGAAAUGACCCCUGGAAAGAGGACACUGUCCGCCAACCUGUACGAGGACAGAGACACUUACCCCAACCUGACUCUCUCCCUAAGUCCCGUCACGGGGCCCUUGACAAAGAAUGGCAGCCUCUACCUGAACGGUCUCAGCCCAGACUACGCUGACCGGCGGGAGAUUGCCAUCAUCGAAAAUAUAAAAUGAGGAGCAGCAUGAAAAUUAGAUUUUUGGAGCUGAGUGAAACACGUCUGGCAGAGGACAGAGCUUACAAACACACACACACACACACACACACAUUUGUGCUUAUUGACUGAGCAUCUGUGAUAAGGUACCUAUGCGCAUUCAUUAAGUGGAUUGUGCUCCAAUCAUUGAUUGAAAACCUUCAGAGUGACUUAAACACAGAUCAAUCAUCAGGCUUCAUACAUUCACAUUCGUAUUUAACACUCACAAAAACUUAUGAUGUGUUUACUCACAGUUUUCUGACUUCUUUUCAUUAUAUCAGUGCCAACAUGAUCGACAGCUGUGCUAGCGAUUGAGCCAAAUCAGGAGCAGACUGCUCCAGACUGGAACUUAUGAUUGUAUCAGAGGUAUGAGUUUUACAAACUUCUCUGAUGAUCAGGACGGAAGUGAAAGCCCAUGUUGGGGUAACAACACACUGGACAUCUUCUACUUAUAUACCCACAUAAAGAAAUACAUUCAUUAAACUUAGAAAGCAAUAGAUGUAUCUGUGCUCAUCUCGUGUUUGAUUUCCAGAGGCCCUGAAAUCUGCAUCAGAUAAAGAGGAUCCUCAUUGAAAAAAACACUCGUAAUAAAACAAUGAUCACUGGCUCCUGGCGAGGCAGCAGUCCUGUGCUAACACAAAGGAAUGUGUUUUUUUUCUUUUCGUUUACACUUCUUCCAGUAUGAACUGAUUUGCCUUUCAUUCGCCGGUCAGUCUGCCCUCGCUAUAGAGACGAAUGUUGACAUUUUUGUUCCUCCAUGACUGACAUUCAGCUUCUCACCCUAAGGAAUAAUCCACUUUGUGCCUUAUUGAAAACCACACUGCUCAUGUGCGGAUGGGGAUGCAUGAAAGGCUUAGUUGUUAUAUAUGAGCACAGUUGUAAUAAAGACAUAUAUAUAUAUAUAUAUAUAUAUACAGUAUGAAGAAGGCAAAUAGAAAGACAUUUAACUAAUUUUAAGAAGAAUACAUAAUGCAUGGCAACAGGGAAAAUGUCACAUACGUGUCUGCCAUUAACUAACAGUCUUAAAGUGCUGGGAUAGUUACAUUAACCACACAGUGCCAGGCUCACUCAUCAGACCCUAUUCUCCCCUAUACCAAAGUAAUGAUGCUGUUUUUCUGACAGAGGAAUCAGAGAUGUCUCCAUUCUGAUCAAAGGAUCAGGAGUACUUUAUGUUAUUUCCUGCAGGUUUCCAGAAAUUGAAUCCACUGUUAUGUUUUUUUCAUGAACCUGACACAUAGCACUUGGUCCGUCAACACUGUCUUUUUUCCCCCCCAUAUUGGAAAACAAAUCCUGGGCAUGUAUGGUACUAUGAAGUUGCAGCUUUCAUUGCUACCGUCAAAUAAACAGUAGAAGAGACUAUUUCCUCAGCUGGUCUUGCCAAUACUGAAUGUACGCCAUCAGUAACCUCUAUUUGCUGUAUAUCACUACUAAAUUAUGAAUAUUUUAGAGACCUGUGAGAUAGAAGCUCUGAUUUAAAUAAAUGCCUCUCUGUGGCUGAUUUGCUGUUGAUAAAAAAUUAAGGAAAUAGGCCAUGUCAUAGUGGUAGUGUUGAUAUCUCACUUUGAUCCUCAAUACAGGAUACAUUUUGAUUUCACAUUUUAAAAUUCAUACAUAUUUCUGCAAAGAUACAAACUGAUUGCUUUUGAUAUGUGAGGGUAUUUUAGGUUCUGGUGUGUCUCGGUUGAAUGGUUUGGAUUGUGUGUCUAAUUGUAUGGUGUUAUUCAGUGCUUUUAUCCAGCAAGAUAUGCUGUAAUCUUCUCAAUACAUUUGAUAGUGCUAUUUCCAGUUUGUAGCAUUAAAAACAAUACAGUGUGACUAACAAGACAGUAUGCCAUAUGUGGCAAAACAAGUCUACUUGUCUGCUAUACCAAAUGUCUAUAAUUAUCAGAGUUAUCAGUUGGAAAAGAGUCUGUUUUCAGGGCAACUUAACAUCCUGCGUAAUUUUAUUCUAUUCUAACUAAAUGGCAGGAAACUGUUUUGCACCAGCUCUUUGUAAAUUUUGCCUAUUUAUAAUUUAGGUGAUUAGGAGAUUUAUACAUGAAAUUAAAUUAAAAAGCUCCAGUGUGUCAGAUGUAUGCUCUAUUUACAGAAUAUGGCAGAAAUGGAAGACAAUGGGGUUGA